AUGCUCGCCAAGCUCCUCCUCGCCGCCUUUGCGUCCGUCGCCCUCGCCGCCCCCGCCGCGCUCACCGAGCGCGACGCCUGCGUCGCGCGCUGCAGCACCAAGUGCUACUGGCAGUCGGACAUUGACGACGCCGUCAACGCCGGCUACGGGCACCUCCAGGACGGCAGCCUUGCCGGCAACUACCCCCACCAGUACAACGACUUCGAGGGCUUCUCGUUCCCCACCUCGGGCCCCUACUACGAGUUCCCCAUCCUCUCCACGUUCAAGGUGUAUACCGGCGGCGCGCCGGGCGCCGACCGCGUCAUCUUUGACGCCGACGGCAACUUUGACAGCGUCAUCACGCACACUGGCGCUAGCGGCAACAACUUUGUCGCGUGCUCGCUCUAGGCGCGUAGUGUGGGCGGGUUGUAGUAAAGAAAAGAAAAGGAAUGGAAUGGAU